GAGAGUUUUUCAAGUCUAAAAUACGAAAAAGGAAGGAGUUCCAGACGAGAUUAAAGAGGCACCAUCUGAUGGCCGAUUAGCCUGCGAAAAUCCAUUCGAAUCCCGGAUUCGGCAAAGGAGAAAGGGAAGAAGAGAAUAUGGAGGGGAUCGAGGGAGAUAGUUCAGGCAGAGCAAGCAAGUAUGUGCUGGAAUCAGGACCCCUAAGAAACGAAGAUAUACUGAUUUGUGUGGAUGUGGAUCCUGAAUCCCUUGUCGAGUUGAAGGCUACUGGUUCUAAUGGCCGACCACUCACCAGGUUGGACUCCAUCAAGCAAGCCAUCCUUCUCUUUGUUAAUGCCAAGCUCACCAUCAAUCCUGAACAUCGUUUUGCCUUCGUCACUCUCGGAAAGUCUGCUUCUUGGCUCAAGAAAGAAUUUAGCAAUGAUGUUGAGUCUGCAAUUGCUGCAAUGCGGGGGCUUUUAGCUACUUCAUCCAGCAGCCAACCAGAUCUUACUAACUUGUUCAGAGUUGCUGCUCAUGAAGCUAAGAAAUCUCAUGUGCAGAAUCGCAUUUUCAGAGUGAUUCUCAUCUAUUGUCGAUCAUCAGUGCGACCACUACAUCAAUGGUCUUCAAACCAAAGGCUUUUCACUUUGGAUGUGAUGUAUCUCCAUGACAAGCCUGGACCUGAAAAUUGUCCCCAGGCAGUUUAUGAUACCCUUGUGGAAGCCCUUGAACAAGUAAGUGAAUAUGAAGGCUAUAUCUUGGAGAGUGGGCAAGGGUUGGUGCGUGUCAUUUUCCGUCACAUGUGCAUACUCUUGGCACAUCCUCAGCAGCGUUGUAUACAAGAUGAUAUUGACUUUCCCAAAGCUCUUGCAAAGAAGUCUCCUCCACCAGAGUCGGUGACUACUGAAGACAGUGUUCCUGUACCCACCCAAUGAGUAUGUCUCUGUUUUCAUAUAGUACUUUAUGAAGAUGAUGUGGAUUAGUAGCAUCUAAUUUUCUCUGUAAAUUUUGGCAUCUCAAAGUUCCACAACAGUGGAUACACAAACGUCAAUGCUUUUUGCCAUCAAUCCAAGCUUAGGAGCUAUACUAGCAAAGUAUACAUUGUGUCUUCUUUUUGGUGCACGUCUGCUGCUGUAUCAUAUGUUCAUUUUCUGUCAGUGUGAAAAUAAGCUUUCUUUGCUUUGCUUCCUCCUAUACCUGUGUUCAGGUUUAGGUUACUUCAAUGAGACCAAGAUCAUUAUCAGUU